AAAGAUAAAUGCGAAAGAAAUAGGUGUUGUUUGAAGUGUAGUAGUGUAUGUGGGGCUCACUGUUUAUCUCAUCACACAGUAAAAGCGUUCAGUUAUGUCCUCAUCAAGCAGACGGGACCGGAAGGACAACACCGAGUCAACAAACCUGCCGAUUCAUCGGCACAAAACCAAACUGAUCGAGGCUGUAAAAAACAGCUCUUUUCUGGUUGUAACCGGGGAAACCGGCAGCGGGAAAACCACACAGCUUCCACAGUUCCUGCAUCAAGCCGGUUUUUGUAAAGAUGGCAAAAUUGCUAUCACCCAGCCCCGCCGGGUGGCUGCCAUCACAGUGGCCCAGAGGGUAGCCCAGGAGAUGCAAUGCAGUCUGGGAAGAGAAGUUGGCUACCAAGUGCGCUUUGAUGAUUGCACAUCACAGGACACGGUUGUGAAGUACCUGACGGACGGAUGUUUGCUCAGAGAGAUUCUGGCAGACCCUGGACUGUCUCAGUACAGUGUUGUGAUCUUGGAUGAGGUCCAUGAACGCAGCCUCAACACAGAUAUCCUCCUGGGCUUAUUGAAGAAAGUCUUCUCUGACCCCGUUGAGGCCACAAAGGGUCGAUCCUUUCCGCUGAAGGUGGUGGUGAUGUCUGCUACAUUGGAAACUGACAAGCUUUCAGCCUUUCUCGGCGAUUGUCCCAUUUUUGUUAUUCCUGGGAGGACGUUUCCUGUGGUCUGCACGUUUGGUUCUGCCGUGGGACCAAAAGAUGUAGAAAGCACUGGUUAUUUAAAAGAGGUGGUGAAAGUGGCCCUGGAUGUGCACACCAGUGAGAUGUGUGGGGACAUUCUUGUGUUCUUAACCGGUCAGUCAGAGAUUGAACGCGCCUGUGACCUGCUAUUUGAAAAAGCAGAGUUCAUAGACUAUCGCUAUGAUGUGGAGGACCAGACGGUGGAGGGUCUUCUCAUAUUGCCGCUGUAUGGAUCCAUGCCCACUGAGCAACAGAGGCAGAUCUUUCAGCCCCCGCCUCCGGGAAUAAGAAAGUGUGUAGUUGCCACUAACAUUGCAGCAACAUCUCUAACCAUCAAUGGUAUAAAGUACAUCAUAGACAGCGGGUUUGUGAAGCAACUCAGCCACAACUCACAGGUGGGCAUGGAUAUCUUGGAGGUGGUGCCUAUUUCAAAGAGCGAGGCGCAGCAGAGAGCAGGCCGAGCUGGAAGAACCUCAGCGGGAAAAUGCUUCCGGAUCUAUUCAAAGGAAUUUUGGGAAAAGAUCAUGCCUGAAUACACGAUUCCAGAAAUCCAGAGGACAAGUCUGACAGCAGUCGUACUCACACUCAAGUGCCUGGGCGUCCAUGAUGUCAUCAGGUUUCCUUAUCUGGACUGUCCAGAGGAGAGGUUUAUUCUAGAAGCACUAAAAGAGCUCUAUCAAUUUGAUGCUAUUGACAGGAGGGGUAGAGUGACCAAGCUGGGGGAGCUGAUGGUGGAGUUCCCGCUGCAACCAGGCCUCACCAGGGCUUUGCUCAAAGCCGCCUCGCUCGGCUGCCAGGAUCUGCUACUUCCUGUGGCCGCCAUGCUGUCUGUGGAGAACAUCCUCAUCAGGCCAGGACACCCUGAGAAGCUGAAAGAGGCAGAUAAGAAGCACAGAGGGCUGGCUGACAAAAGCGGCAGCAUGAACGAUUUUGCCACACUUCUGAGUGUGUUUCAGUCGUGCAAAUCCAGUGACAGGCCUUCUUCAUGGUGUAAAGAGAACUGGAUCCACUGGAGGGCGCUGAAGUCGGCCUUUAGCGUGGAGACUCAGCUGCGAGAGAUCCUCCUCCGCCUCCAGAAGAGGAGAGAUUUCCCCGUUGAAACAUUUGAUGGCGACGAGAAUGAACUCUUCAGACGAUGCCUGUGCGCAGGAUAUUUCACCAACGUUGCCAGAAGGUCUAUGGGAAAUGUGUUUUGCACUAUGGAUGGACAUGGGUCCAUGGUUCACAUUCAUCCGUCAUCAUCGCUGUGUGACCAGGAGGGGAAGCUGAACUGGGUCAUCUUCCACGACAUGCUGGUGACUUCACGGGUGUACAUCAGGACAGUGUGUCCAGUCCGGUAUGAGUGGGUGAAGGACUUGUUACCUAAACUCCAUGAGGUGGACGUCUAUGAGCUGAGCAAUGUGGCAAGAGAAGAAGUGACUGACGAAGAGAUGGUUAAAUGGGAGACCAAGGAAGCAGCCAAAAGACAACCAGAGGUUUCUACUGAGGAUGUCCUGAAUAAGCACGAGAAGCGAAACAACGAAGCCUCUGUCAGUGAUGCCCGUGCUCGCUACCUGCAGCGAAAACAACAGAGAGACCAGAAUAAAACUCUCUGACAGAAAACACCUCCUCUUGAUGACAUGAUUCAUUCAAAUUAAUACUUUUGAAAAUAACAAAUGAAUAAUAAACUUUUUUUACAUUUA